AUGGUGGAAGCACCAUUGUUUGACAGUGCUGAUCUGAACAUGGUUAUUGACCCUUAUGGUGCAUUGGCAGAGCUAGUUGCUGGUGGGAGGCUCUCGUGGACAUCAGACAAUGUGGUGUCAUGCAUGGAGCUGAAGGGCGAGUAUGACGACAGGUGGUCUACUCCUGUGCAGUCACACCUUGACAUGGUGCAUGCUGGUGAGCUCGUUGAGCUUUUGGUAAACUUUCGGCUUCGUGAGCAUGUGAGUCCAAAUGGGGCGAACGUGGGUCGCAAGUUUCUUACACGACUUGAUGCUGUCAUGAUCAUGAGUCGCUUGAAGAUGAAGCUGAUUGCAGACUGCAAGUCAGAGCAGUUGUUGACGAUGCAUAUUGCUGCUGCAGCUGAUAACACUGGUGGAGGUAAGGCUCUGAAGAAGAGAUGGUUCUCUUACCUCCAGUCUGUGCCUUCUGUUUUAACCAGUACUGAACAACACUUGAAUUCACUGACAGUAAUGGACAAGACAGAUGAUGUAGAUCAGGUAAUGAAGCCAGUGGGAUAG